UAGGGGAUCAGUCGCCUCUAGAAAGUCGCAGUCAACUCCUCUAGAGAACUGUAUGCUAGGUUCUGAGAUCGGUUGGGGAUCUCAAUGCAUGCAUGGAGUAAUAAUGAAGGGCUCUGUGGCUGACAGUAGAUAUUGCUACAGGACAUUGCUGCGGUCGAAGGACACAAAACACAUGAGCCGCAGGACACAAAUCUCGAACCCAUACCUCUUCUGCAGAACUUCGAACUGUAUAGAUGAACUCCGGUUAUCGAGCCAGGCCAGCCAUCUCUCCAUGAGAAGAAGCUGACGCCGUGGUGCCAUCGAUCAACCCACGGACUGGAGUCGAGGGGCAGACGCUGGAGACCAUAAUCUGAUUCAAACAUCAACUGGGGAUUUAUUACGGUAACAGUGUAGAGCGGAACCGUCCCGCCCUUCUUCGUCUCCUUGCGAGCGAGCCAGAGGGUUGCGUGUCAGAACCGAGUGAUCAUCGUCUCUCGACUGCGUUCUACAGCCCUGCUCUGCCCUGUACGCGGUAGAGCUUCACACGAGGAAAACUGCGUUCUAUGAAGCAGAAACCACAUACGUGCUCAUCGGCUCACGAUUGCGUUCUGCAACCCUGCUCUGCCCUGUACGCGGUGGAGCUUCACGUCGACAGAACCGCUCGCGAGGAGAACUACGUUCGGUGAAGGGGAAACCACAGACCUGCUCAUUCCCUCUCGACUACGUUCUGCAACCCUGCUCUGCCCGUUCGUAGUGGAGCUUCACGUCGACAGAAGUGCGUUCGGUGAAUGGGAAACUACGGACGGAGGAAAGUCCGACGCGGUCGAGGCGCGGUUGGCCGAUCUGCAGGUCGUCGUUGGUGAGAGAGAAGCGGUACAAUACCGACAUCAUAUCGCGGGAGACGUGUACACGUAAGGGGGCGUCACAUGGGUCGGAGGCGGGCCCCACACGCGGUGGUGGCCCCAGUGCCAUUUCAGCAUCUUGGAUUCAACUACCAUAAUCUCAUUGAGUGACUACUCAUUCACACUGAACCAUAAAUUUCCCUCCUGCUGCCCUGCCCUCAUUGCUGGGAAUGGUCAUGGGUAGGCAGCCAUGCAUGGAGAUGUAUGGUGACCCAGAGGAUGAUGACAUGCCAUGUCAUGCCCAGCUAACCCUAGUAAGACAAUCAAAUGACUGGUCAAGAAGAAAUCUUUGGUGCUCAGAAACAGUGUGAUGAAGCUUCUUCUUGGCUUCUCUUUUCCCUAGAAAGCUGGUGCUUUUUGGUGACAGAUAUUGAUUUUGUUUUUCAUUUGCCAUGUAUGAUUUGGUGUGGAGGGGAAGAGUGAGUGCUAUGAAUUAGGCAAGGAAGAAGCUUCUCAAUCCUCCAUUUGUGUUUGAAUUCCAACAACUCUUGUCUGAUCCAAGGUGACUAAGGUUGAUGCCAUGGCUGCGCCCUCUCCCAUUAUCGAUCUAAGCAGCGACGAAGAAGACAAUUUAGAUGCGUUGCCUGUUCCACUUGCGCCUGCCCAAGUUUCUGCUAAGAAAGGAGUAAGAGGUUUAGGGAGCCCAGGAGUGGAAGUUGGAAAUGUUUUGUUCACAGAGAAUGUAUCUUCUCCUGGACUUAACAAAGGAAAAGUGCGAAAGGUUCGAGGAGGGAAAGUUGGAUUUGGUGAAGAUGGUGCUUCACCUCGUCUCUCUAACUGGGGAGAACCUUUACCACCUGAACCUGAAGUACAUACUCCAGUUGAGAUUAGUCCCCGUGAAAGAGGAAGUGUCACAGACGGCUCUCACAUACACAACGGCAACGACGUUGAUCGAAAAGUUCGUCUUUUGACGGGGGUGAAGGUUAAAAGUCCCAGUUCUCCUUCGCUUCCGCCACUUCCUUCAGAUAAUUCUGAAGUUUGUCGACUUUUUUGGAGGGCAGGCGAUUAUGAGGCUCAACCUAGUCGAGUCAGAACUUCUCAAGGUGCUAUGGAUCAUGUUCGUGUUCAUCCCAAAUUUUUGCACUCUAAUGCAACCUCACAUAAGUGGGCAUUGGGAGCCGUGGCAGAACUACUGGAUAAUGCAGUCGAUGAGGUGGGCAACGGAGCUACUUUUGUGAGUGUCGACAAGAUAAUCAAUCCCCGAGAUAACAGUCCUUCCUUGCUUGUUCAAGAUGAUGGAGGUGGAAUGACUCCAGAUUGUAUGCGCCAAUGUAUGAGCUUGGGAUAUUCCAGGAAAAACACUAACACCACAAUUGGUCAAUAUGGGAACGGUUUCAAGACAAGUACUAUGCGUCUGGGUGCAGAUGUUAUAGUUUUCAGUCGUUGCAGAAACGGAUCAGUUGUGACCCAGAGCAUCGGGUUAUUAUCUUACACGUUUUUACGAAAGACUGGACACGAGGAUGUUGUCGUCCCGAUGAUCGACUACGAGUUAACUGAACGCGACGGUGCUUUACGUCCAGCUGGGGACGGUUUACGGAAGAUGGUGCGGACAACCCUUGAUGAUUGGCACAGCAAUUUGACAUCUAUUUUACAAUGGUCUCCAUAUUCCACUGAGGCCGAGAUUCUCUCCCAAUUUAAUGACUUGGGUUGGCAUGGAACCAAAGUGAUCGUAUACAACCUUUGGUUCAAUGACGAUGGUGUUUUGGAACUGGAUUUCGAUUCAGAUGAACAUGACAUCCAACUCAGAGGUGGUGCCAAACAAGACAAGGGCAAGCCAGUGCAGGCCCAACUGGCUCAACAACAUAUUGCGAACCGCUAUCACCAUUCGCUUCGUGUUUAUGCUUCGAUUCUAUACUUGCAAAUGCCUCCUGGCUUUCAAAUCAUUCUCAGAGGCCAACCAGUGGCGCACCACAGUAUAGCAAAUGAUCUCAAGUUUCCGGAGCAAAUUAUAUAUAAACCACAAAUUGGCAACAAUAAAGAUCAAAACAAGGAGACUUCGGUCAUCACAAUCAUUGGAUUCACGAAGGAGGCUCCGCUCAUCAAUGUUCAUGGAUUCAAUGUUUAUCAUAAAAACCGCCUCAUUAUGCCAUUUUGGAAAGUUUGGCAAGAUAAUAGCAGCCGAGGAAGAGGCGUUGUAGGAGUUUUGGAAGCAAACUUUGUUGAACCAGCUCAUGAUAAACAAGACUUUGAGCGCACAGCUGUUCUUCUCCGGUUGGAAACACGCUUGAAACAAAUGACAGUAGAGUACUGGAACCUACAUUGUCAUCUGAUUGGGUAUCAGCCUAACACAAAAGCUGGAAAGGCUCGAAAACAAGCAGCUGCGCCACCCCCGAUUGAUUAUCCUGCUCCAAUUGCAAGCAUUACACCUGCUAUUCCGCUUGCAACACCUCCAGAGCCUAGUAAUAGUGCAGAUCUUCCAUCUCCUGCAACAGGCUCCAGACCAACCUCAUCUGUCCCUAUCACUACGAGAUCUUCUGUACCAAAUACCGAGUGGAAACCUGAAGGUCCUCAAGUGAAACCGGAGCCUAUGGACUUCACUCCUGAUUUAUCCAAGAGACCCAGCUCUGCGAGCGUGUCUGAAGCAUUACACAGACUGAAGCGUCAACGCGUGGAGACAGCUGCUAACAACUCUCAUCCCACUAUUCCUGAGGAACCGCAGACAGCAAUGGCGGAUACUAAUAUGUCUACUCAAGCAGAUGAAUCAGUGCUUUUACAUCUUGUUGAAGAGAAUUCACAGUUGUUAGCGAAAGUUGCUGAUUACGAGCACCAUACAAGAAAGUUGGAGCAACAGGCGAAGGAACUCGAAUUGAGGCUAAAUGAGGAAAAAGAAAGAGUGGUCAAACUGCAGCAAGAGUUGGAGCGGUUGAAGAUGUCUAGAGAGCCACAACCCAAGCAACUAGUAGAUGCAAGAAAAGACGACGGAAAGAAGCUGACCGUGGACACGGGCAGAAUAGCUGACACGAAUCACGGGGUGGAAGCUGUAGUUAGUGGCACUAUUGUACCUGGCGGGACUAGUGCACCAGUCACUGUACCAAAGGUAGUAGUAAAAGUAGAGCAGCAUUGAAAUACCCCUUAAUGCACGUUAGUAGAACGCAGAUUUUUUAUAUUUAUUUGCGGAGCACAUUGCUACCUUCGAGGUAAAGAAUACAAGUAGGGCAUGUUUGCCCGAAGUUGUAAAAUGUAUCACACUUUAAAGUCAGAUUAUACCAAUUUUUGAGAACGUACUC